CCAGAAGGAGGGAAAGAAGCUUCGCGUCUCCAUCAAAUCAGGAGGGAAACCCGAACAAAAUGGUGCAAGGAACGCCGGGUAACGUUUUUGUUGGCCACCGAACUGUCACUGGAGGGAGGGAAAAAGGCUUAGAGUAGCCGUCAAUUUAAGAGAAUACAAUACAAAAUCGUGUAAAUGUGCCGGUAUAUAAUAUUAUUUUAAGCCAUUUUGCAGGGUGAAGGUCUUACGUGCAGAGAUGGGAUUCCGCCUUUUCGAGCAGCCCGUUUACUUUGUGUACUGUUGUUGUUUUUAGCAUAAUGAGCUAGCUGUGUAGCCAGUCGCCUACUGCACAAACCUCUUUCAUUCACUUAAACGUCACUUUAUUCAUGCCCGUGGCAUACGGCUUCAGAUCUAAUACAUUGAACGUUGCAGGUUUCUUGUAUGUUUAGUGGUCAGAGCCAGAUAGCUAUAGGGCACUGAACACUGGCUGGCAGUCCGGCUAGCCGGUCCACUCAAACGCCAAGAUGGCACACUGGACUAAAUUUGAAAAGGAAAUGGACGUGGAGGCAAAAAAGCUGAUAAAGCACAUCAGUGGGAUUCAGGACGAAGAGGAGCCGAAUUUUCAAGCGGCGCUUAAAUUUGUCUGGUCCAAUUUCAGGUUCCAUCGCUUUCUUGAUGUCAACAAACACAAUGUCCAGCGCACCAUAAGCGGGAUCUAUGAAAAGCUCAUGGUCAACUCGGACCUGAGGAAAGCCGAGAGCUGGAUCCGACUGACGGAGGAGUUCCUGAACUCGCCAUUGCCCAAUACAGAGGGGACGAAGACUGACGUCCAUCAUGGCAUCCUCUCUCUGCUGCUCUUACUGUCCGACUCCCUGACCAGCACGCACUACACUGAGACCCCCCGCGUGAAAGAGGCUGAAAAAGAAGACACCUUUGAUUGGGGUAGAUAUUUGUUGGAGGGAGAGGAGUUCGACACUGGUCCCUAUCCUGACACUCCUGAGUGGUCUGAGGAAGAGAGCGAGGAAGAUGACAGCCAACAGCCACUGAGCAGAGAAGAUUCAGGCAUUCAGGUGGACAGGACCCCUCAGGAGGACCCUGAACACUCCAAGAAGGCCGUACAGGUGACCUGGAGAGUAGGCGAGCCAGACUCACGGACGUGGCUGGAACAACAUGUGGUGGCACCUUACUGGGAGACUCAUGCCCCCCGCUUUUCCCACAGCCUGCAUCUCCACUCCAACUUGCUCAAUGUCUGGGACCAGCAUCUGUACAACACCGAUCCAUUGUAUCUCCCCGAAGAGAAGGCCUUUGUCACCGAGACCCAAGUGAUACGAGAGACCCUUUGGCUUUUGUCGGGCUGUAAGAAGCUUUUCAUUUUCCAACAUCAUGAGGGCAAAGUCUCGGUCCGGAUGGAUGUGGUGGUCACGCACCUGACCGGCAACUGCCUGCGCUCUGUGUUGGAACACAUUGCCUCCUACGGCCAGGCGGUCUUCAGGCUGCAGAGGUUUAUCGACGAGGUGACGGGCCACAGCUCGGAUCCGGUCCCUCCGAGCGCCAACCCCCCCUCCAAGAAGAGCUCCGAGCCCCCAUUCAGAACAUACCAGGCCUUUGUAUGGGCUCUGUACAAGUAUUUUGUCAGCUUCAAGGAGGAGCUGACGACCAUAGAGAGGGGCAUCAUUGUUAACGAUGAGACCGUGACUUUAUCUGCUGUGCUCGAGCGCCUCGCCCCUCACUUGGCCCAAGUCAAGGUCUUGCAUAAGGUCUUCUGCACAGGAGUGGCUGAGGUCCCCCCCGGGACGCCGAACGUGGUGAGGGCGUCACACCUGCUCAACACCCUCUACAAGGCCAUCAUCGAGUACGACAGCGUGGGCGAGGCAUCUGAGCAGGCGGUGGCCCUGCUCUUCUCCCUAUGGGUGGAGACCGUCAGGCCAUAUCUGGAGAUCGUGGAUGAGUGGAUAGUUCAUGGCCAGCUGUUUGAUCCUGCCAAGGAGUUCAUCAUUCAGAGGAACAAGGAUGUGCCGGUGAACCACAGGGACUUCUGGUACGCCACAUACACCCUGUACAGCGUGUCGGAGGCAGUGGACAGCGAGGAGAGAUUGAGCGAUGCGGCCAGCGGCAGCUCGGCCAGCGAUCAGGCCCCCUGCGGAGGCCAGCACACCAUGGUGUCCUUCCUCAAGCCGGUCCUCAAGCAAAUCAUCAUGGCCGGCAAGUCCAUGCAGCUGCUGAAGAACCUCAACUGCAAGGCGGGGGAGCGACCCGACAGCUCGUCCCGAGAUGCGGAGCGGAAGAGCCUCUAUGCACUCUUCCUGGAGUCGGUGCAGUCACGCCUUCGUCGCGGUGAGGAGUCUCCCAUGGAUACCGUUGCUGAGCAACAGGCCACCCGGCAGAGCCUGAUCCGGAUGCAGUCCCUGAUGGCCCGGCACCUGGAGCUGGAUGACGUGCAUGACCCCUUGUUGGCCAUAAACUUUGCCAGGCUCUAUGUGGAGCAGACCGACUUCCACGAGAAGUUUGCAGGCCGCGACGUGGCAGUGGACCGUUCCUCGGAGUCCGUCACCUGCCAGACCUUCGAGCUCACCCUGCGCUCAUGCCUAUACCCCCACAUCGAGCAGCGCUAUGUCCAGUGCUGUGGCAACCUCAUGAAGACCCUCAAGAAGGACUACAGGCUCCUGGAGUACCUGCAGGCUAUGCGGAACUACUUCUUGCUGGAGGCCGGUGACACCAUGUACGACUUCUACACGGCCAUCUUCGACAAGGUGCUGGAGAAGGAGAGCUGGCAGCAGAUGUCCUUUCUCAACGUACAGCUGCAGGAGGCUGUGGGACAGCGCCGCCCGGAGGACAGCAUGAGGCUGUCAAUAUUUUUGGAAAGCGUAGACCCAGCCAGGAAAAAACAGUCGGUGAACAGCCUCGAGGGCCUCACUCUUAGUUACAAGGUCCCGUGGCCCGUGGAUAUUGUAAUCAGCUCGGAGUGUCAGAAGAUAUACAACCAAGUAUUUCUGCUGUUGCUGCAGAUCAAAUGGGCCAAGUACAACCUGGACACUCUGAGAUUCAGUGAUCUCAUGGAUGCUGCAAAAAGGCAGGAUGGAAGCCCAAGUGAUGACAUCACUGCCAAAGAGGAGCCAAUCAGCAAGCAGAUCCACAGGAUGUAUCUCCUCCGGGUCAAGCUGAUGCAUUUCGUCAACAGCCUACACAAUUACAUCAUGACCAGAAUACUUCAUAGCACCGGACUGGAGUUCCAGCAUCAGGUUCAGGACGCAAAGGACCUGGACCAGCUGAUCAAGAUCCACUAUAGAUACCUAUCCACCAUUCAUGAUCGCUGCCUCCUCAGGGAGAAGGUGAGCUUUGUGAAGGAGGCCAUGAUGAAGGUCCUGCACCUGGUGCACAUAUUCUCUGACCGGUGGCAGGCAGGCUUUGGAGCCUGGAAGAUUGAGUCAAUUGAUAAGAUGGAGUCAGAUUUCAAGAACUGCCACAUGUUCCUGGUCACGAUUCUCAACAAGGCCGUCUGCAGAGGAUCCUUCCCCCAUCUGGAAUCCCUGGCCCUUUCUUUAAUGGCUGGAUUUGAGCAGUGUUAGGGUCUCGUGGCCAAUAAAGAGCAGAGCCCUCUCACGACUCGAAGGCUCACCGCAGGCACUCCCUGGGUGUCCUCCAUGCUGCCUGUGGCAAGGGCCGAUCGCGUCUUCCCAGAUGUCUGAGCUACGUGACUAGCGACAGCCCAUUGGCUUGGAAACCCUCUUUGUGUUUCUAGGGGCUGAAACAGAAGACAGUACGAGGAACAAGGGGGCCGUGCAGGAAAAAUAAACUCUUGCUAAUGCUAAGCUAUUUUCUAGGUGCACGACCAUUGUUUGGCAUGUUAAUUUAAUGCAAGACAAAUUUGUGUAUGUUGAAUAAACUGUGCCAUAAAACCCAGGAACUGUAAAUAUUUUUAGUGCUAGCUAAGGCUAGCAUUGACAUGUUUACUUAUGUGUGCUGUUUAAUAUAACACAAAACAUGCAAGCCAAAGCCGUGGUGCUGUUACACAGAAAGUAAAAGCUGAAAAAUAUUACUGUGCCAUUACAGGGAAGGCAUUUUCUGAUGGUCUUAGACAUUCACAUAUGAAGCUCAGAGCUGUGAUUAUCACAAAUGCAUUACUGGGUUAUCACAAAAAUAUCAAUGCUAGUAAAUACUAAGUAAGCUGUCAGGAACAGCAUGAAAACUAUAUGAGUGGUGUGACCGAUGGCAAAAAGUGUUAGAAAAGAAAAUAAAGUGUGACACAUUGCACUA